GUUUCGUCCUCUGUUGACGUAUUAGAAGAGAUUUGGUUGCGUUUACCGGUGAGAUCUCUACUUGUAUUCAAAUGUGUAUCAAAACAAUGGUGCGCACUCAUAUCUGAUCCCUGCUUUUGUCGACGUUAUUCCGUUCGAAACCGCAAACAGUCGAUUGCUGGACUUUUUGUGCAAGACGCGCCUUAUCGCUCUCAGGACUUCCUUCAACAACUCAACUUCCCGCAUCUCUAAUCCAUCUACAAACAGUUUAUUCUUUUUGAUAGGAAAUUCAUCUACAAACAGUUACACCCCCCGCCCAUCCACUUUCUACAUUUAUAAUCCAUCCACAAACCAUUACAAGAUAUUACUUCCGCCACCAUCUAGAAAGGAAGGUUUCAUGUGGGUUUCUAGUGUAAGUUUAGCUUUUGAUCCUCAGAAAUCACCUUAUUACGAAGCUAUUGCCAUCUGGGGGGAUACACCGGACGGCGCUCAAGCGGAAAUAUACUCUUCUAAAACAGAGUCCUGGAAGGAUUUGGGGAUAAUAGGUGCCCGUCAUUCUCAUUGUUUUAGAGAUUGUGGUGUCUAUUGGAAUGGUGCUUUGCAUUGGUUCAACAUAUUUCGUGGGCUAUAUUUUGAUAUCAGUCGAAAAUUAUUAAAGAGACUUCCAAUACCAGAUAUAUAUGGAGAGAGCAUACAAACUUACAAAGGUACGAAUAUUGAAACCUGGAAUGUUUAUUUUGGAGAGUGCAAUGGGCAUUUGCAUCUUAUUAAAAUUUAUGGACUUGAGAAUAUUCCUACUGAUCUCUAUAUCUUGGAACUGGAAAGAGAUUACUCGGCAUGGACAGUAAAGUACAUCGUUAACAUAGAGCAUUUAACAGCUACAUAUAAUACUGAGAUGGUACUUAAUAAGCACAAUAAAUCUUUCAAGGAUUUGGAUUUCUCGGUUUUGUUUGUUGAAGACAAUGAUGAUGAUGAGGCGAAAACAUCCAAGUUGGUGAUGCACAUAGGCGAGCAUGUCAUUUUUUACAAUCUCAAGGAUAUGAGCUUCAAAGAAGUUGAAGAUGUACACUUGAUCAGAAAUGUGCAUAGCUAUCACCGGUUAGCUACUCCAUUCAUAGAGUCACUAGCAUGCGUCUGAUCUCCCUUUUUCUUUUUCUUUCUUUAUCAUAUUAUUCAUUGUCCUAUUAACUUGUUUUGCCUUUGUUUUAAGUACGGAGAGAGUUUGGAGAAGAGUGAGUGACACAUAAAAUUGUGAACAGACUGGGGAGGGGAAUAGAAAUGCUCUCUUUUCCUUGUUUUUUAAAUUAUGCUCGUCUGUUAUUGAAAAAGAUGCCAAGUUUC